UUUAUGCUCCUAGCUAUAUAAGACGUCAAACUUGGUGUUCUUUCGUUAGUUGUUUUGAACAUAAAAUCAAAAUGAAAUUAUUUUUGUUUUCCUUGUGUGCUUCUUUUGUAAUUGCCUCUUGCACAGGGGCUGUUGUUGAUUAUUCCAAUAUUGCACCAUGGCCUGUCAAUUACAGAGUGGUACCAGUCCAUGGAGUUGAAGAAUGGUCUCAAGAUUGGAAUGACCAAAAAAUAGUUGAAAACAACAAAAUUGGCUGGGGUUGGGGAAAUCAACAGAGACAAGAUUCCAAUGGACCCUACAAUGCCUGGGAUAACAAUUCUCAGUGGGACCGUCGCAACAAUAAUCGCGUUGAGCAGCUUAUCAGUGCAAAUCAGCACAUAACUGUGAAUGGUCAACCAUGGUCUUCCCAUAAAAGUUGGCCAAAACACGAAAAAAUUACUCAAAAUUAAACAAAUUUGUUUUAAAUAAAUAUUUAUACAUUUUUUGAAAAUUUAUGCAAGCUUGAAACAUAUAAAUUUCUAUAUUAAUCUAUAAAAAAUAUUUGAACAAUGUUAUUGCUAUGUAGAAGCCAAAAUAAAUAUUAAAUAAUUUUAAA